UCAAUCUUCACCACUCUGAUUAAGCUUAUUACAGUUCCUCACCAAUGGCUCUAGACUCGAAGGCGAUCAUUUCGAGGUUCCAAGAUUACCUCCGUAUAAACACCGUACAACCUAACCCUGAUUACUACGCAGCCGCAAACUUCAUUAAAUUACAAGCUCAGUCCAUCUCUCUCCAAUACCAAUCAAUCGAGUUCGUUCAGGGAAAGCCUAUUGUUCUCCUGAAAUGGGCUGGCUCAGAGAAGUGGGAUCAUCCACCGCUAGGAGCAGAGAUCGACGAAGACGGUAGAAUAUACGCGAGGGGAACUCAGGACAUGAAGAGCGUUGGGAUGCAGUACUUAGAAGCAAUUCGAAAGCUUGUAUCCUCUGGAUAUAAGCCGCUUAGAUCGGUAUAUGUCACGUUCGUUCCUGAUGAAGAGAUCGGUGGCGCUGAUGGUGUUGGGCGGUUCGUGGAGUCGGAAAUAUUCAAGAGCUUGAGCAUUGCGGUUGUGCUUGACGAAGGCUUGCCAUCUCCAACGGAGAACUACAGAGUCUUCAAUGGAGAGAGGAUUCCAUGGUCGCUUCAGAUCAAAGCUGUAGGACAACCUGGCCAUGGCUCAAAGCUCUAUGAUGACUCAGCCUCAGAGAAUCUCACUAAAAGCAUUGAGAGUAUGAUGAGAUUCAGAGCUUCUCAGUUUGAUAUGCUCAAAGCUGGCUUGAAGCCUGACGGUGGCGUAGUCUCUGUCAACAUGGUUUUCCUCAAAGCUGGCACUCCUUCUCCAGAUGGAUUUGUGAUGAAUCUGCAACCAUCUGAGGCAGAAGCUGGCUUCGACAUUCGUAUCCCACCCACUGCUGAUCUAGUAGCACUAGAAAAACGUUUGGUUGAGGAAUGGGCACCUGUUUCCCGGAACAUGUCCUAUAAGCUGUGGCGGUUCGACCAGAAUCUUUCAGGGAAGCAAUUACUUACCGGAAAUGAUAAUUCAAAUCCAUGGUGGGAACUCUUACAAAACGCUGUGAAUGAAGCUGGAGGGAAGACUAGUGAGCCUGAGAUCUUCCCUGCAUCAACAGAUUCUCGGUACUUCCGGAAAGCUGGCUUGCCUGCGUUUGGGUUCUCUCCUGUAUCAAACACCCCAAGUUUGCUGCAUGAUCACAAUGAGUAUCUGAGUCAAGCUGAGUAUUUGAGGGGCAUUGAUAUGUAUGUCUCAAUCAUUAAGGCUUACACAUCAUAUUCUUCACCCUGAAAAAGAGGGUUCAGCUAUAAGAGUCCGUGUCACCACGCAGUUUUCUCUUCCUCACCCAUAUGUUAUUAAUAAGAAUGAAAGUCAUUGCUACCAUGUGAACGUUUCUUGUAUAAACCUUGCGGUGGUAUGUUAUUAGACAAAAGGAUUUCCACAA